CCAGCCAGUGGAAUUUUAUUUAUUCUCAUAAAUUUAUUCUCAUAAAUUAAAUGCAUGUCUGAUGUGACUUCAUGGCCACUGUCUUCAGAUAGAUAACUGUCAUUUUAAAGGAGAGAUAGGUUUCCAUUUAAUUUAAGAAAUACUUCCUUAGGACAAUGAGGGAUUCCUCAUUUAGUUGUGAGCUCCUUAUUCCUGAAGGAUAAUCAAGUAAAGACUGAACUGUCAGGGAUGUUGUGGAAGGAGGUUGGCCUGCAUGACGUCAGAAAACCUUUCAAGCAGGAAUCUGCAGUUCCAAAUAUGGGCAGGGGUGGGGGUCGGCACUGGAUGAUAGAGGUUCUUGACAGCUACUACAGAAGAGGAUUUUCCUGUGUUUGGCUUAGAGCAGGGGUCCCCAACCCCCAGGCCACAGACAGGUACCAGUCCAAGGCCUGUUAGGAGCCAGGCAGCACAGCAGGAGGUGAGUGGCGGGCCAGCGAGCGAACCUCCAUCUGCCGCUUCCCAUCGCUCCCCAUCUCUCACAUUACCACCUGAACAAUGCCCCCGCCAACUCCGUCCGUGGAAAAAUUGUCUUCUACAAAACCAGUCCCUGGUGCCAAAAAGGUUGCGGACCGCUGGCUUAGAGGAUAGCUGCUGAGAGGAGGGCCUGGGAAGUGCAGCCAGGCCAGGAGCUUGACGUUGACUGUUCCAUGAAGAGUGAGCAUUCUGGGAGACUUAGGGGGUGACCACCGCCAUCUCUAAUGCACACGGAGCCCUGGGCUCGGGAGAUUAGGCAGUAGAGCUCUGAUGGAUGGUGGUAAGUAGAAGGGUGGGCUGGGCCCAGUUCCUUGACCUCAGCUCACACUAGGCCAGUUGUGGAGUACCCCAAAAUUUUGGCCCUUGUUUGGGACAGAGCACAUGGAACAAGUGGAAUUUUCAUUCCUUCAUUAUUAUCCUCAUCCUUCCCUCCUUUCCCUCUCAUACAUUCCCACAGAAAUUCAAGACCACAUAUACACUUACACUCUUUCAUGACCAGUGGUACGCUUUCAUGAUCACGCACACACACAAAGCUCUCACGGCACCCAUGAGCUCUUAUGAACAUACAUGAUUUCAUGACUCCCAGAUGCAUUCUCAUGACUGCACACACACAUGCAUUCUCACGACCACAGUCGUAUACCAUCAUGAGCCCUGUCAUACACUUGUGACCACACACAUCCACACACAAUCUCACCAUUAUACAUACUCAUGCUCUCUCACGCACAUGCGCUCAGGACCCCAUUCUCAUGACCAUACUCUUACACACACACACACACACACACGCUUCUCUUUCAUGAUUACACAUUUACGCCACAAAUUCUCAUGACUAUGCACUUACACACUCUGUUGUGUGAAUAUACAUGCCUUCCCCCACGUUCUCUCUGUGUCAUAACCACAUAUAGCCCCCAUACUUUUGUGACCACAUACACAUACACACUUUUUGUGGUGCCUACAUGUCUCUGGGUAGUUCUGUGUACUCUAGACCUUUCACACCCCAGCACCUGGCAGCACUCCCUUCUGGUGUUCCUGAUUACCCCUGAGCAGUUCUGUUUUCUGCUACGUGACAGCUCUCUAAUCUGAUGGGCUGACCUACUAACGCAGAAACCUCUGUGCAGUUUUUUGUGAACACCAGAGGACCCAUAUUUGUCCCACACAGACCUCUAGUUUGAAAGAUUUUUAUCCUCCAAAUAGAUGACAUUUAUGACUUUGUUCCUUCUUUUGCGAACAUUAUUUGAGGACAUCUGUAAGUGUUAAUCAACGGCUCUGAUUAGCAGAAGAUGGCUAGGGUUACUGUACUUAAUGAUGUAAGUUCAGUGAAAGCCAGGUCCUGCCUAUCUUAGCUUUUGUAAAUAAAUGAUCUCUACUAGACAUUUAGAAUGUGGGCCCCCAGUGUCACCUGUGUAGCCUUCCCAGGUUUUUUUCUCUGUUGCAUUGAUGUGCUGCCUCUCUGAGAGAACAUGUAUUUAUUUUAGCAGAGGUCUCUGUAGACAAUACUUACCAGGGAUCUUCUAACCUCUUUUAGGCCUGGAACCCUUUUAUACAAAUGAAACCUUAAUCACAUGUCCAGUAAAAUUGACAGACUUGGAGUUGAUGAGAUUAAAGAAAGGAAAGAGAGUUCAGAGCCCUUUGUGUCUGUCUCACCUCUUUCCCCUUUUUUCGUCCCGGGCUGCCCCAAAGGUACUCUAUCAUAAAGCCCAGUUUGCAAAUCCCUGGCUUAAUUUAAAGAUGUAGUUGUGAUGGCUGUAAUUUUGAAGCGGAACUAUUUUGGAGGUGCACAGAGACUUGCAGUCCUCCUUUCCCCACUAGCCUUUGACAUUAGUCCUCCUGGGGUGGUGAGAAUGCGAGUAACCAUACGGCUAGGCAUGCCUGGGGCAGCUGCAGUUUAUAUCUGUGUCCUGGUGUGGUUGUUAACAGUGCUUCCAUUCACUCUCCUGGUUUGGACAGAAAGUUGUUUGCUUACCCAAAUGAUAGGCCAUGUCUUAGCAAGAGGUGGUUCAUAACUAACUCCUGGGGAGCAGCUGGAGGGAUGGGCUUCACAGAUACAGGCCCAGAGGAACCUGUCAGAUAGAGAGGCCUGUUCCUGAAUCAGCAGAAUGCGCGAUGUUCGGAAGUUGAGUAUCUGGGCUGGCAGUCAGUGCUAACCUGUGCUUGGGUAGCAUUUUAUACUUUUCAGAACAGUUUCAUGUCUCUUAACUCCUUUGACCCUCAUGACACCCUGUAAGAUCACUGUCUCGUGUUGUGUGUUACAACCUUCAUUUUCCAGAUUUGGGAACCUGAUGCCCGGAGAAAGUCUAACUGCUGGCCUUUUAGGGACCCAGGGAACUGGAUGAUUUAGAAGUGAUUUGUGGCCAGCAGUGAGAAACUGUCAAUAAAGCUUUUCCAAGAGUGUUUUUCUCUUGGAAGGCUUCCUGUAGCUAAUAUAGAUUUUUAGCUUUCUUAUUGUAAUUGGAGUGGGCCCAGCCUUGAGGUGCUUCAGGAGCCUGGGGUGCUAAGAGUUAACACUUACUGAGUGUUUUCUGGACACGGAUGUCAACACUUUGCAUAUGUUAACUCUAGUAAUCCUCACAUCAGCUAUGUGAGGUGAAUAUUAUUGUCAUCUCCAUUUCACAGAUGAAGAACGGAGGCUCAGAGAGAUUAGGUGUCUUUCCAGAGUCACAUGUCAGUGGAGGAGCCAGCCCGUCAGCCUGCUCCAGAGUCUUCCUUUCGAGGCAGGAGUGGCCUCCAUCUUGCUGUAAAGAAGCUUUAAUUUUUCAGAGGGGAAGACAAAUGAACCUAUUCCCAGGCCUUGAGUCAGUUUUUUCUAUUUUAGAGUUCCCCUUCUUUAAAGUUGGUCAGAGAUGCACUUCCCAGAAUGACUCUGUCACAUGUAUCCAUUCAGCUCCUUGUAUGUUAGGACCAUGGUAAGUGUUGGAGCAUCCAAAGAUAAUUAGGUUAUGGUUCUUACCUUAGAGUCUUCAGAUGAGUCUAUGUUGCACAAACAGAGGGAAAGGCUGUGCUGGGUCAGUGGAAGAGCCAAUCUUAUGUAUGGGGGGGAAUCAGAAAAGGCUCCAUGGAGAAAGUGGUAUUUAAGAUGAGCUUAGAAGGGUGAUCAGGAGUUCCUUAGACUAACAUGGAAAGGAAGACUGAGGCAGGCCAGGUGAGGUGCUAGAAGCUCAUGAGCAAUAGGUGGGCUUUGGGAGCAUGACAGUGGGCAGAGCUAGGGAGUAGCAGGGGAGAAAGGGCUUGACUGGGCUUUGGAGAAGAGGAUGAGUGAGGGCAAGUCUUCUUGGGGUGUUGAGCUGGAUAGGGAGAGGAACAAGGGAGGAGGAGAAGCUUCUGGAUUAGAGGAAAGAAGAGGUGGGGAGUGAGACUUCAUUCUACUGGGAGGAUGGUAUCUGAAAACCCCACAGGGUGAGGGGGGCUGAGGGCUCAGAAGAAUGUGUUUCUGUAGCUCCUGUGGUAAUGUGGUAUGGUAUGGGGAACUCAGGCAGUCUCCUUACAACUCAGUAUGGAGCCAGCUAGGCGGUAGAGGGAGAGAAUUGGGUAGGGGUAGAUAAGGCUUUGGAGACAGGUCACUUCCAGUGGGGAAGUGGCUGCCUCAUGACCAUGAUGCCUGCUACACAGAGGCCUUCGCUCAAGCUAGAGGAGGAUCAGUGGAGGAGGCCCGAGGUGAGCUAUCCCUAGGCUGCCAUCUCCCUGGAUGAAGGCGACAAGGGCCGGGGCCCAAGUGCCUUGGCCUCUUGGAAGAAACACGAUGCCUGAAGGAGUCAUGUCCACUCCCUCUUCCUCCAUCCCCUACCCGUCUUUGGAGUCAGACAGACUGGACUUGAAUCCUAGCUCUUCCUCUUACUAGCUGUAAUAGACUUGAUUACAUGCCUUAAGUCCCAAUUCUCACAUCUGUGAAAUGAGAAGAAGAAUUGUGUCUUCCUUGCAAGGACUUGUGAGGAUUAAAGUAAGUUAAUAUAUGUCCACUGACAACACAGUGUCUGGCACAUGGUAAAUAUUGAAUAAAUCAUAGUUGCUAUUAUAAUUGUUAUUAUUUUCCUAGAUGACCACUUCCCUCCCCAUUUCCUCAGGUCUUCACCCUUUUGGGUGGGUACCUGACCUUCCAAUUGGGUGGGUAUCUGACCUUCCUCUCUUACCUCUUUACCUUGAAGCGCCCUCUUUGUGUGGCUCAUGGCCCACUUAGACUUGAGCACAGCUCCUGGAAGCUUUGCCCUGGCCCUUUGGCUUCUAUGGGAGCUGGUAGCUUUGCCUUUGCUGAGCUGUCUCACCAUGGUGGGGCCUGCCAUCUGGCAGGGCAGUGGGGAGCCAGCCUGUCUGUGUGUGCAUGUGGCCAGCUAGAGCAUCAGACCCAAGUGCCCAUCCCUCCUGUUUGUUAGGAAAAGAUGGGGGUGAUUUUGGGGGAGCCAAAGAGGCCUCAGAGUCUGCCUCUUCUGUGUUUAAAACCCCAGAGGCCUGGUUUUCAUCUGACCCCUCCCUCCUCACACACACAUCAGCUCAGUCUGGAGCCCUUUGUUGUGUCACAGCCUGCCCACACUCCUCACUUGGCAAAACCCCUCACAUAUGUUUGCUUUGGGGGCUGGUAGCUUUCGCUUCUGAAUCAGGACGUGUGAGUGUUACUUAGGAAUUAUGCAGGGGUUGAGGAGGCUUGUGUUAGGCUGAGAUGAUAAUUGCGCUAUUUAAAGAUGGCCAUGGAACCAGGAAGAGCCAGGCGUCCUGAUGUGGCUGUCUUCAAGCUCCCAUCUGCUCACCAUGCUUGUGCAGUUUGUGGGGACAGGGAGAGGAAGUCCUGGACAGUCAUCUCAGGGGCAUCUGUCUGGCGUACAUCUCUGGGCUCAUCUUCAACCUGCUCUACAUGAUGCCAGUUCACUAGGACCACUGCCCUCCGGAAACGAUGGUUGUUGCUGGACCCAGCUGGGACUCUGCCAGGCUCCAGUGCUCAGUCUAAGGAAAGGGCCCUCUUCCAGCCCUGCUCUCCCUGCCUGUCAUGGCCACGCUCAGCUGCUGCCUGCUUGCCUGGGGACAUAGGGCACCCAGCCCCAGCGCUGAGAGGCUAAACCAGGCCCUCUCACUCCAUUUCACAGGGGCGCUCUGGGCACCAGGCCCCUUUCAGACCGAGAGCAACUGAUGCCGUCUGUUCACUCACCUGGCACUGCCUGCUCUGAGACCCCUACCCGGGUCGCCCUGGAGGUGCCAACCCUGUGAACCCCUCCCCUGUGCCCUGACACUGAGAAGGCCCUGCCCACCCCCACCAUGUGUGAAGUGAUGCCCACAAUCACCGAGGGGGACCCCCUGGGGUCUCCCCAUGGAACGGAUGCUGACGCCAACCUGGAGCAGCUGAUGGUGAACAUGCUGGAUGAGCGGGAGAAGUUGCUAGAGUCCCUUCGGGAGAAUCAGGAGACUUUGGCGGCGACACAGAGCCGGCUCCAGGAUGCCCUGCGUGAGCGAGACCAGCUCCAGUGCCGCCUUAACUCUGCCCUUCCCCAGGAAUUUGCCACCUUAACCCGGGAGCUGAGUAUGUGUCGGGAGCAGCUUCUAGAGAGGGAGGAAGAGAUAUCAGAGCUGAAAGCAGAGCGGAAUAACACGAGGUUGCUUCUGGAACAUCUGGAGUGCCUAGUGUCCCGUCAUGAGCGGUCACUGAGGAUGACUGUGGUGAAGCGUCAGGCUCAGUCACCUUCAGGGGUUUCCAGUGAGGUGGAGGUGCUGAAGGCUCUCAAGUCACUGUUUGUGCACCACAAGGCCCUGGAUGAGAAGGUGCGAGAGCGGCUCCGGGUGGCCCUGGAGAGAGUGACCACCUUGGAAGAGCAGUUGGCGGGUGCCCACCAGCAGGUGUCUGCCCUACAGCAGGAGGCAGGGGUUCAGGAUGGAGUGGCAGAAGAGGAGGGGACUGUGGAACUGGGACCGAAAUGCCUGUGGAAGCAUGACGCGGGCCAGGUAGAAGAGCUGCAGGAGCUCCUGGAGAAGCAGAACUUUGAGUUGAGCCAGGCCCGGGAGCGACUGGUCACCCUGACAGCAACCGUGGCCGAACUUGAGGAGGACCUGGGCACGGCCCGCCGGGACCUUAUCAAGUCGGAGGAGCUGAGCAGCAAACAUCAGCGGGACCUCCGGGAAGUGAGCAAGGGCCUGGGCCUGACCCUAUCUUUCUGGGUGCAGGCUCUAGCCCAGAAGGAGGACGUGGAGAAGCGAAUAACCACACUGGAGAAGCGCUACCUGGCUGCUCAGCGUGAGGCCACAUCGAUUCAUGACCUCAACGACAAACUGGAGAAUGAGCUGGCCAAUAAGGAGUCCCUGCACCGCCAGUGUGAGGAGAAAGCCCAGCAUCUGCAGGAGCUACUGGAGGUAGCAGAGCAGAAACUGCGGCAGACGAUGCGCAAGGCUGAGACGCUGCCAGAGGUGGAGGCUGAGCUGGCCCAGAGAAUUGCAGCCCUCACCAAGGCUGAAGAGCGGCAUGGCAGCACUGAGGAGCACCUGCGGCAGUUGGAGGGACAGCUGCAGGAAAAGAACCAAGAGCUGGCAAGGGUGCGCCAGCGGGAGAAGAUGAACGAGGACCACGGCAAGCGACUGUCAGACACCGUGGACCGACUGCUUAGCGAGUCGAAUGAGCGCCUGCAGCUCCACCUCAAGGAGCGCAUGGCGGCCCUGGAGGAGAAGAACACACUGAUCCAAGAGCUGGAGAGCUCCCAGCGGCAGAUUGAAGAGUGGCAGCAUGACAAGGGCCGCCUGUCUGAAGAGAUUGAGAAGCUGCGCCAAGAGGUGGACCAGCUGAAGGGUCGAGGAGGGCCAUUUGUGGAUGGCAUCCACUCCAGGGCGCACAUAGGCAGUGCAGCAGAUGUGCGGUUCUCCCUGAGCGCAACCGCCCAUGCACCUCAAGGUCUGCAUCGUUCCUACUCAGCACUGCGGGAAGAGUCUGCCAAGGACUGGGAGCCAUCUCCACUGCCUGGGGUGCUGGUCCCCACAGCCACCCCUGCCUUUGACAGUGACCCUGAGAUCUCUGAUGUGGAUGAGGAUGAGCCAGGGGGUCUGGGGGGCUCCGUGGACGUUGUCUCCCCCAGCAGCCACUCAGACGCCCAGACCCUGGCCAUGAUGCUGCAGGAGCAGCUGGAUGCUAUCAACGAGGAGAUCAGGAUGAUCCAGGAAGAGAAGGAGUCCACAGAGCUCCGUGCUGAGGAGAUUGAGACACGAGUGACUAGUGGCAGCAUGGAGGCCCUAAACCUGACCCAGCUGCGCAAACGUGGUUCCAUCCCCACCUCUCUGACUGCCCUGUCCCUGGCCAGCGCAUCCCCUCCGUUCAGCGGCCGCUCCACACCUAAGCUUACUUCCCGCAGUGCUACCCAGGACCUGGACCGAAUGGGGGUCAUGACCUUGCCCAGUGACUUAAGAAAGCAUAGGAGGAAGCUGCUGUCACCAGUGUCUCGGGAAGAGAACCGAGAGGAUAAAGCCACCAUAAAAUGUGAGACUUCUCCUCCUUCCUCACCCAGGACGCUGCAGCUAGAGAAGCUUGGCCACCCAGCCCUGAGCCAGGAAGAAAGCAAGAGUGCUUUGGAGGAUCCAGGCAGCAACCCCAGCAGCAGCAACAGCAGCCAGGACUCCUUGCACAAGGGCACCAAGCGCAAGGGCAUCAAAUCAUCCAUCGGCCGCCUGUUUGGGAAGAAGGAGAAAGGCAGGCUGAUCCAGCUGAGCCAGGGCGGAGCCACGGGCCAUGUUCUGCUAAUAGACUCUGAGCUCGGUCUGCAGGAGCCCAUGGUACCUACCAAGCUGGGGACCCAGGCAGAAAAGGACCGGCGGCUGAAGAAGAAACACCAGCUGCUUGAAGAUGCCCGCAGAAAAGGAAUGCCCUUUGCCCAGUGGGACGGCCCUACUGUGGUCUCCUGGCUAGAGCUCUGGGUGGGGAUGCCUGCUUGGUAUGUGGCAGCCUGCCGGGCCAACGUCAAGAGUGGUGCCAUCAUGUCAGCCCUCUCGGACACAGAGAUCCAGCGGGAAAUUGGCAUCAGCAAUGCCCUGCACCGGCUCAAGCUCCGGCUGGCUAUCCAGGAGAUGGUGUCGCUGACCAGCCCCUCUGCCCCGCCCACCUCCAGGACUUCUUCUGGGAAUGUCUGGGUCACCCAUGAAGAGAUGGAAACUCUGGCAACAUCCACUAAAACAGACAGUGAGGAGGGCAGCUGGGCUCAGACCCUGGCCUAUGGGGACAUGAACCACGAGUGGAUUGGGAACCAGUGGCUGCCCAGCCUGGGGCUCCCCCAGUACCGCAGCUACUUCAUGGAGUGCCUUGUGGACGCUCGCAUGCUGGAUCACCUCACCAAGAAGGACCUGCGGGUCCACCUGAAGAUGGUGGACAGCUUCCACCGAACCAGUCUUCAGUAUGGCAUCAUGUGUCUGAAGAGGCUGAAUUAUGACCGGAAGGAGCUGGAGAAGAGGCGGGAAGAAAGCCAGCAUGAGAUCAAGGAUGUGCUGGUCUGGACCAACGACCAGGUGGUUCAUUGGGUCCAGUCUAUUGGGCUCCGGGACUAUGCAGGAAACCUGCAUGAGAGUGGUGUGCAUGGUGCUCUGCUGGCCCUGGACGAGAACUUCGACCACAACACAUUGGCCCUGGUCCUCCAGAUACCCACGCAGAAUACCCAGGCACGCCAGGUGAUGGAGAGAGAGUUCAACAACCUGUUGGCCUUAGGCACAGACCGGAAACUGGAUGAUGGGGAGGACAAGGUGUUCCGCCGCGCACCCUCCUGGAGGAAACGCUUCCGGCCGCGGGACCACCAUGGCAGCGCCAUGCUCAGCGCCUCUGCCGAAACGCUCCCGGUAGGCUUCCGCGUGUCCACCCUGGGGCCAUUGCAGCCUCCACCGGCCCCGCCAAAGAGGAUCAUGCCUGAAGGCGCGGCCGGGAAGGCCCCACGGGCGAGCUGUGCGCGCACUAACCCGCCGCUCUGUGUUCUCCCGCGGCUGCCGACUCCUCCCAGCCGGGACGGCGGGGGCGCAGAGACUGGAGACCUCCACGGUUCGGACCUACUUCUGCUGACCCCGCCUCCCGCCCCGGGUCUGACGGGGCUAUGCCCGAGGCUCGGGCACACUCUCACUAUCUCUACGGACACAUGCUCUCCGCCUUCCGGGACUAGCUACGGCCCCCAAGGCCAGCUUCCUCCUGCUUGGUUUCACAGGCUCAGAGAGCCCUUAACCCUCCUGCUCGGUCCCCUUACUCCCACAGCUCCUAGUCUCCUAUCUCAGAAUAUACUGUCUACCCCCUAGCCAUCCCUCUACCCCAAGUCCAACGUGUGUCCCUUGUAAGGCUCUCUGGGAUGUGGCUGGGUUUCCUGGUGUUGUGGAGGCAACCAGGUUGUCCAUGCUUGUGGGUCUGCGGGAGGGAGAGGAAGGCAGCCCAAGAUGGAUGGACUCCACCUUCCCUCUUCUGCAUCUAGCUGGUCUGGACUGCAAACUCCACCAGAGACCAGGACACAGCAUCAAGGGCUGGGGAUGGCCCUUCCAAGAAAAUGGCACUUCAGACUGCCUCGCUUGGGUUAUUUGGCUUUCUGGUUUCUGUCCACCUCUUGGUUGUACUAGAUGGUCUACAUCUGCUCUUGGCACCUUCACCAUUAUCCCUCCCUCAACUCAUCUGCAUAGCUGCAGCUCCUGCCUCACCUCCAGGACCUCCUUGGGGGCUGGGAAGGGCUGUAGAAGGCCCUGUUCUUCCUCAGGAUGAUGAACCUGGGAAGGGGGAAGGCUAAGGUGGAGAUUCUAGGCCCUGGUUUAAGUUGAAUCCCAAACACCAAGCAUAAGGAUGGGGAAACUCAGCCCUCCUGCCCAGUGAGAGGUGCAGGCAGGUCAGCUAGAGGGAGAGCCAAUGGCCUGUGGUAACCUUAAGCCCAGAUGGCAGCGGGAAUGCCUCCUGCCCCAGCUGUAGGGUAGAGCUGCUGCUGGGCUGGGGGGAGAGGGAACUGUGUGGAUCUUGGCUGUGGAUCAAGCUAACCUUGCACUGCCAGCUAUGCUCCCAGUAUUCCUUCCCUUUCUGUCCCCCUCUGCCCCACUUCUUUGAUAAUUCCAGCCCCAUAAGAAUAUACCUAAUGGGUGGAUUUAAGGCCAUUGACCUUAAAGUCUGGUUUGGGAAAAAGGUAAUCUGAGGCUUCCUUCCUCUGAUCUCCUAGGAGGAAAAUAAAGAUUCUCCUGUAGUGAAUCAUGUCCUAGGUCCAGGAAAUCCAGUGUUGGUGAAGAGUGUCAUUCUCUUGCUUGUCCCCACACCACUACCCCCUUGUUCAGGGCUCUUUUGGUGUGCAGGGACUGCUUCGUCCAGAAAUUCCUGAGACCUGCCCAGUUUCAGUUGCUUUCCCCAGUAGCACGGCAGCAUCCAGGGCUGAGGGAUACAGGUCCCGCUUUGGUAGGAAUGUUAUUUCCAAGAAAUCCCUCUUCUUAACCCAUGUACUCGUCCUGCAAAGGUGCCUGGAAGUGUUUGGGACCCAAGUUCAGGGUGAGCUGAUGGAACCUAAGGUUUCAUCCAAGUGGAAGGAGAGGAAAAGUGCCUGAAGCAUGUUUCCUGGAGAGGAGCCAGUGAAGUGCCACCCUGCAGGUGGCUGAGCAGCUGGUUUGCAAGCUGAUGACUUGGAUUCUGAGUGGUGGCUAGGCUAGCAGGUGGGAUGAUGGGUCAGAGCACCCUGUCCAGAAGGAGUGCUGGAGCCUGGGGCAGUACCAGGCUUACAGGUUUCUGCUGCUUUUCAGUAGAGGAGAGGUCCACCAGUGGUGGGGCUGGGUGGGCUCCCAUGGGUAUGGGCAAGGCAUCCAACUUCCCUUGCUCUCCCUCAUUGUUCCCUGCCCUUCCUGUCUGUCAGGCCACUGGGAAUGGAGCUGGAGGAGUUCUUGAGCAGAAAAUAAGUUGGAUGGAGAGAAAGAGCUCCUAUCCCUGGGUAAUGGAUGUUAAGGUUAUGGAGAAACCCCAGAUUCCUAAGAUUGGUGAAGUUGGAGACCACAAGGCCAUCUGACUCCUUCAGGGAACUCUGAUAGGCUAGCAUAGUGGGAAAUUCAGCCCCAGCCUCUCCUCUGCAACUCAACCCUAUCUUAACUAGUCAUGUCAUAAGGCAGCAGUUGGCAGGACCCAGGUCUGUUCGGGGCAUCUUGGGAUUAUUGCAGGGAGGUGAUGCACACAGUGAUGGAAGGCUCUUGUCUUGGUGUAUCCCUUGCCUCACAGUCAAUAUACUUUUUAUUUGGGGAGUCACUUGUGACCCAUACCCCCUCACCAGCUUCCUGUAUCUUUUCAGGUCCCUUCUCAGUACCGUACUGCCGACACAGUGCAUCAGGAAUGGGUGUAUGGGUGUGUAUGAGUGUGAGUGUGUGUGUGUGUGAGUGUGUACAUACCAAUAAAUAACCUGGUUUUGAGACAACAUA